AUGGAAGACAGCAACUUCGGAUCGAAGUACGACCGGCAGGUGCGUCUGUGGAGCGGGAACGGGCAGCGGUCGCUGGCAGGCAGCCGGGUGUGUGUGGUGAACGGGUCUCCGUGGGCCAGCGAGAUCCUCAAGAACCUCGUUUUGCCCGGCGUGGGGUCGGUGGUGGUGGUGGACUCGGCGGCGGUGGGCGAGGAGGACCUUGCAAGCAACUUCUUCCUUGGCGGCGGCGACGUCGGGGCGCAGCGGGCAGUGCGGCUUGCGGAGACGGUCAGCACGCUGAACCCGGACGUGUGCAUCACGGCCGUGGUGGACGACAGGGCUCUCUUCGGGGACGGGGACGAGGACGCGGGCUUCUGGAGCUCCUUCGACUGCGUGGUGCUGUGCGCGGGGCCGGCGUACCACGCCUGCGAGAGCCGGCUCAGCGAGCGGUUGUGGGCCCUCGGCGUGCCGCUGCUCAAGGUGGGCGCCGUGGGCUUCUACGCGUACCUGCGCAUCCAGACCGGCGAGCAGGUCAUCGUCGAGACGCACGAGAGCAACCUGCACGACCUGCGGCUGGACCUGCCGUGGCCCGCGUUGCAGCAGCACGUGGACCGCACCAGCCUCGCCGACGACAGCUACCUCCGAGCACCGUACAGCGUCGUGCUCUCGAAGGUGUUCCAGCAGCUGCAGCAGAACGCGGACGGCAGCCGCCGCCCGGCGCCGGCGGCGGUGCGAGCAGCGCUCAAACGCCUCUACCGCACGGGCGACGAGCUCAACUUGGACGAGGCGUACAGCAAGGCGUACCUGCUCAUGCGGAACUCCGCCGAGAUCCCGCCCAGCGUGGCGGACAUCCUCGCCGACCGCAAGACCACGCAUCUCGACGGGUCCAGCUCGCUCUUCUGGAUCCUCUGCAACGCCCUCAAGUGCUUCUACGACACCUUCCACGUCCUCCCGCUCAGCGGCGUGCUCCCGGACAUGGAGUCUGACACCGCCGACUACAUCCGCUUGAGAAACAUAUACACCGACAAGUUUGAGCAGGACCGGCGCUUCAUCCGCGACAAGGCCCUCCUCAGUCUCCGCCAGCUGCACCGGUCCCCGGACGAGCUCGCCGACAACGACAGCCUGCUCACUCUCUUUGUGAAAAACAGCCGUUUCUUGAAGGUUGUCCGAGGCAGCAAGUGGGACACAAUGCCCAAGAUCCUAGAGGUGUUCAAGUCCGGCAACGAGCAGCUGGCCGACAAGGCGCUGAUCUACUUGGCCUUUUUGACCCUAGAGAGCUUUGCCCGGGAACAUCACCGCUCUCCGACCUUUGACGACCGGCCCGAGCUGCGCACCACCGCCAUUGCCAUCCUUUGCAACAACCACGACGUCAAAACCUUCCCCGAGGGCUUCGACAAGGUCUUGGAUGAGAUGUGCAGGGCGUGUGGCCGCAGCCUUCACAACGUCUGCGCCGUCAUCGGCGGCAUCACUGCCCAGGAGGUCAUCAAGAUUUUGACCAACCAGUAUAUCCCUCUUGACAACUGUCUAGUCUACGACGGCAUCACAGGGAGAACGUCCACCUUCAAGCUCUGA